CGCGGCUUGUGUGCAGCUCUCCUGACAGACAAAUGUGGCUCACUAGAAAUUUAUCUCUGACACAAAUAAGUGAGGAAUAAAGAAUACGAAAUAUUUUCGGGAGAAGCAACAACUAUUUUGCUUCAAAAUGAGUGACGACACAGACAACCCUCCUGAGAGGGAAAUGAAGGAUUUUCAGUUUCGACAAAUGAAAAAAACCAGAGUCUUUCAGCCCACUGAAGAUUUGCCUAAAGAAAGAACUAGUCUGCUUACCAUCUCAAACAAAUUUGGUUUAACUUUUGUCGGGCUCGACAGAACAUUCAAGGUUUACCAAACUCAAGACAUCCUUGGUGCUGAUAAAUUUGAUGGCAACCCCAACGAAGUAGUCGAGGGGACACCUGUAUUGGCAGACGUGACUGUGGAUCUGUCCCUGCACCACUUAGCUCUCAGUAGUGAUGAACUCACUUUGUCAGUAUGUGGCAUUUCUGAGGCGGGGGGGUUGUCCUUCACCUUCUAUGAUGUCCGCACCUUCAUGAACAAGGCAAGAACCCAGAAACUACCUUUUGCAUCACUGCUGCCUGCAGUAGCCCCUGGCUGUUUAGUGCAAGACCUGAAGUGGAAUCCUGUUCAGCCGUCAAUGCUCGCCGUCUGUCUGUCUGACGGCUGUUUGAUGAUCUUGGAUGUUACUGGCGAUGUCAAAGUGCAGGCUCAGCUACCUGCUUCAAAUGGCAUCACAUGUAUUGGCUGGAGUCCAAAAGGAAAACAAGUUGCUGCAGGAAAAAUGAAUUCUGAAGUCAGUCAAUAUACACCUGCACUAGAGGAAAAAAGGAAAAUCCCAUGUCCCCACUUCUACACUUCUGACCCUGUCAAAGUUCUGGAUGUGCAGUGGCUGAAAACGUUUGUGUUUGCUGUGGUCUAUGCUGCUGCAGACGGGUCCCUUGAGACCCCUCCUGAGCUCGUAUUGAUCUCCCUUCCUAAGAAGGAUGAGAGGCCGGAGACAAAGUAUCUGAACUUUAGUGACACGGUGUACGGCAGCUGCACAGAGCGACAACACCACUACUUCCUUAGCCAUGUGGAGGACUGGGACCUCCUGUUUGCAGCAUCAGCGGCCUCCAUUGAAGUCAGUGUCAUAGCCGCCAGACAAGAGGACAAGAACUGGGAGCUUUGGAUCCUGGAAGAUGCGAGUAGAGCUGAGCUUCCAGUGACGGAGACGAGUGAAGACACGCUGCCUCUCGGCCUAGCCAUAGACUACACCAGCCAGCAGGCGAUCUACAUCACCGACGAGAAGACCUUGCCCCCUGCGCCCACCAUGCUGAUGCUGUCCACCGAGGGAAUCCUCUGCCCAUUUGCUCUGCUCAACCUCAAUCCCGGUGUCAAGCAGCUGGUCGCACCCCCAUCUGUCCUCGCCCUGGAUGGGGAGAGACCGCCCAUGCCAGGUGCUUUGGCUGCCCAACCACCCAAAGUCGCUGCCUCCAUCCCAUCUGCCUCCAUCCCAUCUGCCUCCUUCCCAUCUGCCUCCUUCCCAUCUGCUCCACCGACAUUCCCAAAUCUCAGUUUUCCUCCAGCUGCUGCUCCCGCUCUUCUGGCCCCUGCUGCCGCUCCCUCUGCGGCCCCGUUCAGCGUCGCUCCCGCACCUCCCGUGUCCUCUGCAUCAUCGUCCAGCUUCGCUUUCUCGGUCCCAACUACCUGCGCCUCCUCUGCUCCUCCAGCUUUCUCCGUGGCGACAACCGCACCUUUUGUCUCCGUACCCUCCAGCUUCUCCUUUGCCAAACCUCCCUCUGACACUCCUUCAGCACCUUCAGCCUUUUCUUUCGCCCCAACCAUCAAACCAGCAGCCGUGGCAUCUCCACUUCCAACUCCGACACCCCAGAGUAUUGCUGCUGCCUCCCCGACAGUGAAACUAAAUCUGGCUGAUAGGUAA